AAAAAAAUCUACAUUUCUCUCCACAUAUCACACCUUCCCCUACUCAUAUUUUCUUCUAUAUAUGUCACUAAAUCAUAAACUCCCACAUACAAGUACUCUACUCAAGCCUUAUUACAAACACUCUUCUCUCUUCUACAAAAACCUCUUUGUUUCAAACAUGGCUAUAAGAUUACAUGGAAUGUUGAAUGCUAAGCACCUCCUACGCCGCUCGAGUUUCUCUCAAAACCAUGGAGUUUCAACACCCAUCGACGUUCCCAAAGGCUAUCUCGCGGUGUAUGUUGGAGAAGAACACAAGAAGAGACAUGUUGUUCCAAUCUCAUUGUUGAAUCAACCUUUGUUUCAAGAAUUGCUAAGCCAAGCUGAGGAAGAAUUCGGGUUUGAUCAUCCAAUGGGUGGCCUAACAAUCCCUUGCAAAGAAGAAAUCUUUCUUGAUGUUGCUUCAAGGUUGAGUGGAUUGUAACUCAUGUCUAUCUAAAAAAAAAAUAGUUGACACAAUUUUGUAAAAUUAAGUACAUUUUUUUUCUUGUACUUUUUUUUUCCCCUCAUUUCUUCUUUUUUUUCACAUUAGAAGAAAAUUAAUGAGGUUGGAAUUGCCUUAGUGAGAAAGAGAGAGAGCUGUUUAUAGAUAUUGUUCUCCCAACCUAUGUAUUUGUAAAAGAAAGUGAUUCAUUAAAUUUUAGUUACUUUCUUGAUCUGUUACAUGAAAAAAUUUCUUGUUCUACAAUCUUUUGAAUAUGUUCCAAACUAAACAAAUCAUUAUCCACUAAAACA